AUGUCGUUUUUCCUGUCGAAAAAAGAUUUGAAACUUAAGAGUGAAAAGAAUAAGCAAGCACUCAAGAGGAAACAGAGACAGGGAAAAGAUGCUACUGACAAUUCAGGAGAAUCUCGCAAAAAACGGAUAUUGGUUGAAACUGUAGUUGAAUCAGAUGAAGAGUAUUCUGAUGGAAAUAAGAGCGCACCUGAAGGGAGCGAUGAUGAAUAUGAUAAUGUAGAAGAAAGAGAAUUCAGAGAAGCCAAAGAAUUGCUUGCAAAACUAGAGAAAAACAAGAAAGAUGAUGAAGACAUCGGUGAUUUACUGAAAGAAGAUGCAGCCCAACGUGCUGGAACGCUUAGAGUCAGUUUAGCAAGUUUAGCAGAAUUAAGGGAUGAGGAGGAAACUAGUUACAGAGCUCAUAGAUUUACACCCCUGUGUGUAGCCAUUUCACCAUGUUCUAAGUUUAUACUGAGUAGUGGGAAAGAAUCGAGUAUUGUCAAAUACAGUCUGACAGAGAAGAAGGUUGUAGGAGUUAUUAAACGAACGAAAAAAGGGGACAGUGAACAACACGCUCACUACAGUCACAUCUUUGCUGUGGUUAUUUCACCUGAUGGACGAUUCAUAGCUAGUGGUGGAGCUGACUGUCUAGUGAAGGUAUGGGAUUUCAAAACUCUGCAGUUCCUACACGAGUUCAAAGGGCAUACUGCGCCUAUCAUGUCCCUCUGUUUCCAAGGACGAACAAAUUGUUUAUUCAGCGGUGGUAAAGAUAGAGCUCUAAGGGUUUGGGAUCUUGAUCAAAUGGGCCUAGUAGACACUUUGUUUGGACAUUCGGAUUCUGUUCAAUCGAUGAGUGCAUUGAAUAAAGCCAGAGUUGUAACUGCUGGUGCUCAAGAUAGAUCUUGUAGGCUAUGGAAAAUUGAGGAUGAGAGUCACUUAAUUUUCAAUGCCAGUGCAAAACAUUGUGUUAGCAUGGACUGUGUGGCAAUGGUCAACGAUGAAAUAUUUGUGUCUGGAUCUUCGUCAGGAGUUGUUAGCUUAUGGACAUUGAGGAGGAAAAAGCCAGUUGCUGUACGUGAAGAUGCGCAUGGCUUGCGUGAAACAGGAGAGCCUCGAUGGAUAGUUUCUAUCGCAGCAGUUCCUUAUUCAGAUUUUUUUGCUACCGGCUCAGAUGACGGUCUUCUUAAAUUUUGGAAAAUAAGUGAAGAUCAAAGACGUAUUAUUCAGGUGUAUGAGUAUAGCAUUGAUGGAUUUAUUAAUAGUAUUGUUUUCUCCACGAAUGGAAGACAUGUUUGUGUCGGCGCUGGUCAAGAGCAUCGCGAAGGCCGGUGGUGGGUAAAUAAGGAAGCCAGAAAUCAGGUUGUUGUUCUGCCCAUACAUUACGGAAAUGACGAAGAAGAGACAAAAGAAGUGGAGGAGAGAGCCUUCGAAUCAGGAUCUGAUGACGAAAGUGACGAAAACGAGGAAAACCAGGAGAGCGGAAAGUAG